UGCGUGCGGGCGUCUAUGGUAUUCAGUUACGCGUCUGUGUGCGGAGUCAUGAAAGUGUUUGUAAACAAUAUAGACAAUCGGUCCUCUCUUGCCUUGGAUGUGGCGCAUUGCGGCUGUUUCCUCUCUGACCUGCUAGAAAAUUCCGAGUCACCUGACUUCACCGCUUUGGGAUGAGGCAGCCCCACGGCUCCGACGGCCACCUGACCGUAAACAUCCUCCGGCACACCAAGUAGAACGCCAUCUCCCCUCCCAGCUGCUUGAGGCGUUAGUGGGGUACGCUAUUGACCUGGCCGAAACUUGAACCCCAACUGCACCCCCAACCUCCUCCACCCCCACCAUGCCCUGGCCCUUCUCCGAGUCCAUCAAGAAGAGGGCCUGCAGGUACCUCCUGCACCGUUACCUCGGCAACUUCCUUCAGGAGAAGCUGAGCUUGGACCAGCUCAGUCUGGACUUGUACCAAGGCACCGGGUCCCUGACGCAGGUACCGCUGGACAAAUGGUCUCUGAACGAGCUCCUGGAGUCGUGCGAGGCGCCGCUGGAGGUGACGGAGGGCUUCAUCCAGAGCAUCGUGCUGACGGUGCCGUGGGCCGCGCUGCUGCAGCACAGCUGCACUCUGGAGGUGCGCGGCCUCAGGCUGGUGCUCAGGCCACGCCCCCGCGCAGCCUCAGGUCUGGAGCCCAUGUGUUGGUCCAGCUUCAUGACCAGCAGCAUGCAGUUGGCCAGAGAGUGUCUGAGCCAGAGGCUGACCGACGAGCAGGCAGAGAGUGGACCACUGGAGGGACUGGAGACCUUUGCUGAGACCAUAGACACAGUCCUGCGGCGGAUUAAGGUGGCGUUCCUGGAUGCGGUCCUCAGGAUCGAGCACAUUCCACCAAAUUCCAAGACGGGCAUCGCUUUGGAGCUCCGCAUCGCCAGGAUGGAGUAUUGUGACGAGCUGGCGGGGGAGAGUUCUGGCGGGAACCUGCACCAGACGACCAGCUUUGCCCACAAGAGCCUGAGGAUGCAGGGAAUCAGUGUGUACUGGGACGAGUUCACACACACACACACACACGUACGUACACACGCACACACACACACCAGCUUUGCCCACAAGAGCCUGAGGAUGCAGGGAAUCAGUGUGUACUGGGACGAGUUCACACACACACACACUCACGACUCGGAGCUGAAGCUGUCCCCCAGCUGGAGUCCCCACAUUGUGUGUGAGCCAAUCACGUCGCACCCCCAGUUCUCUGAGCCAAUCACGUCGCACCCCCAGUUCUCUGGCGCCGCCCCCAGCGCUCAGCCCCUCCCCCCCCUGCAGGUCGGAACGCUGGGCGGAACUGUGACGCUGUCACUCACACUCAAGCAGAACAACAGCGCACCUGGAGCAAAGCUGGAGGUUGAUGGGCAGAUGGAGUCUCUGGUGCUUCUGCUGUCUCCGCGGCAGGUUCACCUGCUUCUGGACAUGUGGGGAGGAUUCUCCCCCUCUGGCGGGCCGGAGUGGGCGGGUCCUAAGGACAGGAAGUGCCGUCCCAUGCAGCAGGAAGACGAGUACCGUCUGCACAUGGAGCUCAGCCGCUGCCUCAAGAAGGAAACCAUGGCAACGCCAGCGGAGCAGGACCUGUUUGAGAGCCAGACCACCAGGACUGUGUCCAGCAGAGAGGAAGUGUUUUUCUCCAUGGCUGAGAUGGACAUGUCCCACAGCCUAUCAUCUCUGCCCCCUCUCGGGGACCCGCCCACCGUGGACCUGGACCUGUCACUCAACAGUAAUUACUCCGCCUCCCUGGCCGAGUCCCCAUCUGGCCAAACAGCUGCUGGAUGGGACGAGUAUCUGGAAGUGAACCGACAACGAGAUAAACAGCAGGAGGCUACUUACACACACACACACAAGCUGCACAGACAGACCUCUGAUGACUCGUCUCCUGAGGUGCUGCUGCGCUUGGCUGUAGAGCGCCUCCUAGUGGUGGUUCUGCACAUCGACCCUCUGCCCCCUGCUGACUCCGCCCACAGUCCUUCUACACCAAUGGCAUCACACUUCUUCCAAACGCUGGCCAAUCACAACCUCCUCCCCAAUGGCUCUGCCCAAUCACGGGACGUCCUCGAUAAGGCCUGCCCCCAUGACCACCUCAGGUUGGUGGCGGAGGGGGUGUGUGUGUCGUAUGAACACACUCAGAGUUCUAGUGUGAUGCGUCUGAAUUCUGACGUCUCCUUUGAUCACAUGGAGCUGCUGGAGUGUCUCGUCUCCAUGGAGAUGCCCAACAACACACACACUGCACAGUACACAGAACUCCUGACGUUUGAUGCCACAGACAGCAGCACCAGUGCCCCUCCCUGCCUGCACCUGCUCUACAAGCUGACCGAACGAAGAGGCCCUCAGGGAGGGCAGGUGCGUGCGUUGCCGGGGCGGGCGGAUGUGCAGGUGGAGCUCUGUGGUUGCCGGGUGGAGCUGGACAUCAGCAUCGUGGACCGUCUCCACUCCCUGCUGCAGCCACGGAAACACGUUACUAUGGAUAUGAUGACCUCACACAUGUAUACAUCCUAUAAUAAGCCUGUUAGUCUGCACAAGGCCUUUGCGGAGGUGUUUCUGGAUGACAGCCGCAGCCCUGCUCAGUGUGACGUGAGUGUGAGUGUGUGUGCGCCGCGGCUCGUGGUGUGUUUGCGGUUCCCCAUUCCAGACCUGCGCUGCGAUGCGGAACGUGGGCCGUGGUUCCGGCGGCGGCUGCAGAAGGAACAGCUAGAACUGGAGAUUAAGGAACCAGAACUCAAGAGCCACUUCACUGGGGGAACCCAUGCAGAACAGAACACAGUGGAGCUGAGCUACAGAGAACUCAUCGGUAGUCUCCAUGGCGAUAAGGAGGAGGAGUCUGUGCAGUUUCUGCGUGUGAGUCACAGUCUGGAUGAUAUCAGCACCUCAGACAGCGGCAAGUUUGACUGGCCCAGGGUGGUGUUGAAGGUGAACCCCAUGGCUGUUCACUCCCUGCUGGAGAGAGUCGCUGUUGAGGAGGAGGAGGAGGAGGAGGAGCCAGGGGUGGGACUACAGGAGGAGGAAGCGUCUCAUUCGCUGAAAGAUGUCUGUGACUUCAGCCAACCAGAACCCUCUCCUUUCUCAUCACGUCGGGUAAUGUACGAGAAUGAAGAGAUGGUCAUUCCUGGAGACGUAUUGGAGAUGACAGAGUUUCAGGAGAAAACAACAGCGAACUCCCGUUUCAUCCUGGAGCUCAGUAUUCCCAACCUGCAAAUCACCUUGCCCAGCAAAGCCUUCUACGAGACCCUGCACAACAGAAUAAACAAUGACUUGUUGCUAUGGGAACCCACUGCCCCGUCGCCCGUGGAAACGGUGGAGAGCAUGCCGUACGGAGUCGGCCUGUCAGUGGCCAGUCAGCUGAUCAACACACACCUCAAAGACUUCAGCCCAGAGGAGGAGGACAGCGGCUCAGAGGAGGACAGUUUGGCGUUUGCUGAGGCGUUGGAGGUGGGCAGCAGGAGGAGGAAGAGGAGGAUGAAGAGCCAGAGCCGCUCCUGCCAGAGUCUGUUCUCCGUCCUCCUCAAUGUCCACCAGGGGGCACUCUCAUUACACACACAGCGUGAGCGUGUGUGUGAGGAGGGUGUGUGUGAGGAGGGUGUGUGUGAGGAGGGUGUGUGUGGAGAGGUGUGGGUAGAACUACAGGGGGCCGUGCUGUUUGGAGUGGCGCAGUACGAAGGAUCAGAGGAGCAGCACUACCUGUGUUUCCACACUACCGCCUUCAGCCUCUACCAUCAAGGUCUGGUGGAAAGGGAUUGUGGACCAGUUGAAGUUACGCUCCCCAGCAGGCCGCGUCCUCAUUGGCUGGAGCCGACGCUGUACGCCUCAGAGACCGCCGCCCCAUUGGCUGCCUCCGAGCCUAGUCCCGCCCCCUCAGAGGGCUUGGGGGUGGAGCCUCAUAGCAUGCUGUCUGCCGCCGUGAAAGUGCUGACACACACACCAGAGCGCAAUAUGAAGGAGUACCUGGUUGCCGUGGGGAUGCGUGGGGUCACCUUGCAGCACAGAGUGGUUGCCAACGGACAGGGCUGGUAUGACCAGAUAGUGGACUUCCUGAACGUGAAGGACGAGGCGGUUCUGGGUUACACUCCGCCCACCUCCAUCAGCACACUACACCUGCACCUGUGGAGCUGCGCCCUGGACUACAGGCCGCUCUAUCUGCCAGUCCGCUCUCUUGUUACCGUGGAGACCUUCAGCAUUUCCAGCAGCCUGGCUUUGGACCACUCCUCUUCAACUAUCAGGAUCAUUCUAGAUGAAGCAGCACUCUUUCUAUCUGACAAGACCAACGUGUUGCCUGUCAAUCUCAGUCGAGAUUAUGUACAAGUGGUCGACAUGGGAACCCUGGAACUCCGCAUCACAGCCGCCAAACGAGCAACAGCUGCUGAACAGUCAGAGCCGCGGUUCGAGCUGCGCUGCUCCAGUGAUGUCAUCCACAUCCGGACCUGCUACGACUCGUGCGCAGCACUCAUGAACCUCAUCCAGUACGUGGCCAGCUAUGGAGACCUGCUGCCCCCUAGUGGCCCGGAGGCCAGCAGCAGCACCCAGCCCAAGGCCAAGUCUGAGGCGCCCGGCGCCCAUCUUUCCCAGAGUCCUUUGCUGCCAGAGGCGGAGCAACAGAUUCUGCAGGAGUUGAUGAGUGAUGCCAUGGAAGAAGAUGAACAGAGUCAGACACACACACAGCCCAACGGUUUCCAUGACGAUCUCAGACAGGAGACAGACCCUCCACGCUCCGAUCUCUUCCUGUUCCCGGAUGAGAGCGGGAAUCUUCCGGAAGCCAGCCCCCCCUUCCCCACGCCGCUCCACUCCCCCCUCAUCUCCCCCCCUGUGCCCCCCCCCACACACGACACCGACGACUUCUGCAUCCUGGACACCCCCACCUCUCGUGCAGCGGAGAGGGAUGAGGAGCCGGUGGUGCGGAUCUUGACUGCAGAGGCGAUCGUGGUGAAGGAGAAUCACUUCAGUGGGGUGGCCAGCAGGGCGGCGCUGUUCCCCACUCCAGACGUGCGCUACCUGCUGAAGGAGAUCUCGCUGGUGUGGCACCUCUACGGGGGGCGGGACUUCAGCAGCGCGCCCGCUGGCUCCUCCCCCAGCCGCAGCCGAGGGUGCUCCCCCUCCCAGACUCCUGUGCGGCAGGCUCGUGGUGGGCGUGUGGGUGGAGGUUUGGGGCGGAACCCUGAUGUGCUCAUGGAGAUCCAGCUAAGCAAGGUGCGGUUCCAGCAUGAGGUGUACCCUUCGCCCCCUGGUGGUGGUGAGGGGGUGGAGCGGCUGCUGUCUCGUCAGGUGUUUGUGGUGCAGGAGCUGGAGGUGCGCGAUCGACUGGCCUCCUCGCAGAUCAACAAGUUCCUCUACCUGUUCUCCAGCAAAGAGCUGCCCCGCAAAGCCCACGCUAAUAUGCUGACGGUGCGGGCGGUACACAUGUCGGUGGAGGCCGAUGACUCUCCUCAGGAGUGCUGUCUGCGUGUGUCCCUCAUGCCGCUAAGACUCAACAUAGAUCAGGAUGCACUGUUCUUCCUGAGGGACUUCUUCUGCAGUCUGGCAGCCGAGGUGGAGCUGUUCUCUCCCCCUGAGCAAGAGGCGUUGUGUGUGUCCAUGAAGAGGCCUGCUGGAUCAGACGUCUCCUGCAGCUUUUCUAAACAGGACCCCGCCCCCAUCAUCUCCAUGCCAACACAGGCCUCGGCCAAUCAGAAUGGCCUCAGCGAGCCCAGUGGGCAGGACCCUGAGCGAGAGCCCGCCUCCUUAGUCUUCACCGACCAACCAAUCUUCUUCAGAGAGUUCCGUUUCACCUCCGAUGUGCCGAUUCGGCUGGACUACCACGGAAAACACCUGGCCAUAGAACAGGGUACAUUUGCUGGUAUUGUAAUGGGAUUGGCACAGCUGAGUUGCUCCGAGCUGACCCUAAGGAGACUAUGCUACAGACAAGGGUUGUUGGGGGUGGACAGGCUUUUCUCGUAUGCCAUUAAUGAGUGGCUCAGCGACAUCAAGAAGAACCAACUGCCUGGACUGCUGGGUGGAGUAGGACCCAUACACUCCUUACUGCAGCUGGUCCAGGGCUGUAGGGACCUGCUCUGGCUGCCUAUCCAGCAGUACCGUAAGGACGGGCGAAUCGUACGCGGCGUCCAGAGAGGCACCGCCUCCUUUGGAACCUCCACUGCCAUGGCAACGCUGGAACUGACCAAUAGGAUGGUGCGAACCAUACAGGCAGCGGCGGAGACAGCCUAUGACAUGGUGUCUCCAGGAACCAAUGGAGCAGAGGACCGGAGACUGAAACGCUAUUCUCAUCACCGAUUGGCUCAUCAGCCUGUUGAUCUGCGAGAGGGUGUGGCCAAAGCCUACAGUGUUGUCAAAGAGGGUCUGACAGACACGGCUCUUGGCAUCAUCGUCACGGCGACGCGGGAGCAUGAGCAGCGGGGUGUGACUGGUGCUGUGGGCGGAGUCUUGCGUCAGUUGCCCCCGGCGAUGGUGAAGCCUCUCAUCGUUGCCACGGAGGCCACGUCCAACGUUCUGGGCGGAAUGCGGAACCAGAUCCAACCGGACGCACGACAGGAGGAGACGCAGAAGUGGCGUCUGGGGGAGGAGUGACCAGCACCACAGCCAAUGGGAGCGCAGCAUCAUGUGCUACUGGCCAAUCACAUUCUCUGAUGUGUGUGUGGCCCAAACCUUCCCCCUGGACUGAAGUAGCUUGUGAAUGUAUGAAUAUGUGUGUGUGUGUGUGUGUGCAGUCUAAUACUUAACUCUCCGCUCUGUGUGUGUGUGUGUGUGUGUGUGUGUGUGUGUGUGUGUGUGUGUGUGUGUGUGUGUGUGUGUGUGUGUGUGUGUGUGUGGCCCGAACCUUCCCCCUGGACUGAAGUAGCUUGUGAAUGUAUGAAUAUGUGUGUGUGUGCAGUCUAAUACUUAACUCUCCGCUCUGUGUGUGUGUGUGUGUGUGUGUGUGUGUGUGUGUGUGUGUAGCAGUCUACUACUUAACUACGCGGUGUAUGUGUGUGUGUGUAGCAGUUGGAAUAACUCUGCAUUGUGUGUGUGUGUGUGUGUGUGUGAGAGAGAGAGAGAGUGAGCUCUUACCUUUGUGUGUGUGUGUGUGAGAGAGAGAGAGAGUGAGCUCUUACCUUUGUGUGUGUGUGUGUGAGAGAGAGGGGGAGACAGUGAGCGCUUACCUCUGUGUGAGUGCGUGUGCAUGCGUGCGGCCGUGCUUGUGUGUGUGUGUGUGUGUGUGUGUGUGUAUGUUUGCCUAAAUGUAGUUAGUAGUGAAUAUGAGAGUGUGUGGGUGUGCACGCUCCUGUGUGCAAUUUUCUUAUAUACUUCAUUUGCUGCUUGUGUGUGUGUGUGUGUGUGUGUGAGAGAGAGAGAGGUUGUGUGUAUUGUGAUAUUAACACAGCUAAUCAGUCUGUAAUAUGUGUGUGUGUGUGUGAGAGAGAGGUUGUGUAUAUUGUGAUAUUAACACAGCUAAUCAGUCUGUAAUAUGUGAAGAGGGAGGACACACACAUACUGUUCAUAUAUGUAACAUGUGGAAACCAUACUGGAACACACACACACACACACACACACACACACACACACACACACACACACACACACACACACACACACACACACACACACACACACACACACAAACACACACACUCUCUCUCCCUUAUUCACUAACAAGUGCUGAUGGGUUGUGACUGUAACUAUGUGGGAAUGUCUUGUACAUAAAUGUACAGUUAACAGUUAAUUUGUGUAAUUUCUAUGAAGGCAUGUCAACUGUUAAAGGGAAAUAAAGCAUUUCAUGUCUGA